AUGAGCAACGAGUCGGCAGAGAUGCUUGCUUCGCAGCUCCUCACGGAGCAUCUUGGGUUUCAGCCUAUAUCUGUGAUUGAUGACAUUAUCAAUAUGAUCAACGAAAUUAUGUAUCGAUGUACAGAGCAGUUGGAGCUGGCUUUGAUCCAAAAAAAAUUCGAUAAAGAGGAGGAGGAAAAACAGCAGCAAGAGCGCGUCCUGCAGUCACGGAACGAUGAUGAUGAUGUGAUAGUCAACGAGGAAGAAAUGCGAGAACAAAUAACGACGGGAUUCAGCUACACCGUGGAAGAAAUACAGAAGGGAACUGCCACUCUAGAAUCUUUGAUGGAGCAUGUGAUCAACAAGAAUUCUGACAAAUUUGAGGUGUACGCGAUGAGAAAUAUACUGAAUAUACCGGAGGACCUUGUUGCUGGGGGGUUUGUGCGCUUGAAACACCAUCGUGGGAUGGAAAUACGCGAAAAUAUAUCCGAGGAAGCACAAAAAUUGGAUUCUGAGUACGAGCGGCUUGUGCGCGAGCUGGAAACUGAAAUUGUCGUCAAUCGGGUUUUGAACCAAAUGCUGAAUAAGAUCAGUCGCUUGCUGGACUACUCGAAGAAGCUCAAAGCAGAGCUAUCUUUUCUUGACCUGAAAUCUGAGGAGGCUUUGAACGGCGAAACCGGAGCCAUCCUCGAGAAAUUAGACCCUCUCAAGGAAACCUACAAGUUUCUGAUUAACGAAGUGAAGUACGUGUAUGACAAAGUGGAGUCCAUGAAGGAAGUACUGAACGAUCCAAAAAUAGCGGCAUUUGAUCACACUGAGGAAGAUAGGUACUUGAAUGGACGCAUCAAGGGAAUCCUCGAAGAGUUGGGCUUUGCCAAAGCCGAGAAGGGUUCUGACUCCAGUUCUCAAGUGCAGCUGGAUCUUGUGCAAAAACUGAACAGUAUCUUGGAUAAGGAGUUACAGUGA